GGGCAGCAACCUGUCUGCCAUUUUUGCCCUUUGAAUGUAUGUCAUUUCUAAGCAUAGGCGUAUUUAUACAUAAUUAGUUAAACAAAUAAAUAAGUAAUAUAUAAAGCAAAAUACAAUUAUUUAAUACGUGUUUAGUAGACAUCAAUCCACAAAGCGAUGUCAAGUAUCCUGUUUCUCGUCGGACACGUAAAACAAUGGAACCAUUUAGCCACGUAGAAGCAGAACGAAGAGGCGUCUGAAAAAGGUGAGACCAUUUUUUUGGGGGUGUCCUUGGAUUGCAUUGCAUUCAAGCUUUUACGCUGAACGAACGGGAUGAAAAGGUUUUGAAAGUAUUAUAGCUACACCCUGUGACUACCAUAUCCCUUCCAUGGGCUCCAGUGCAACAUCAUUUUAUUCUGUAUGUGAAUGGAAAACCACAACUCAGUCAUUGCUGAGAUGGAGACAACCAAUGUAGAAAUCCAUCAACUAGACCUGAUACCACAGUCCAAAGAGGGUGGUGCUGAUUCUGUGGUGAGUGACGCUCAGCUACUUUCGAAAGGAGAGCCGACAGCGUCGGGGGAUGUUCUUAAUGGUUUUGUUAAGGCAGACGUGGUGCCAAAUGGAGAACGAGUAGCAGAGGGCCCGCGGCCAGUCGCAGGAGGGGACGGCUGUCCAAAUGGCCCCCUGCCGCCUCCCGCGCCCCCUGCUGCCCAGGGCACCAGCCCACCUGUCAGCCCUCAGUCCAAAGAGCCAUCCCAAGGUGUGGCCGCUAUCCCCCCACCACCCAUGCUAGAGAAGUCUGAGGGAGCUAGUGCUGAGGGCCCUGCUCACAAGGGUGAUGCAUUGCAGUCACUCAAACUGAGUAUGCCUAUGCAGGAGACGGAAUUGUCUGACAAAGAGCCAUCACUGGAGAUGGAGAAUGAGGAGAAGAUCCGCCGUGAUGCUCGCCGACGGCUGGAGGAGCAGCUCAAACAGUACAGAGUGCAAAGGCACAAGGAGACGUCCCACCGCUCCACCCCAAAGACCCGCAGUGGGUUCAGCACUCUGGACCCAGACCUAAUGAUGCACCCAGAGGCUCUUCCCCGGGCCAGCACCACCUCCAUGACCACCGAGUACUCCUUCCUGCGAACCAGCGUCCCCCGGGGCCCUAAGCUGGGCAGCCUGGGUAUUCCACCAGCCAAGGAAAGAAUGUCACGAUCACCCCGCCGCAGCAAGAUCCACUCAUUGGCUGAUUACAAGACCCUUGAGCCAGCAGGGGGCACUAGUGAUGGUGGAGGCGGUGGUGGGGUCAGAACGUCUGAAGACCCCUCCAUGGGCUCCCUGGGGUCCAACCUGAGCUCUGUAUCCACCCUGUCCGAGGUCAGCAUGAUGUCAGAGGUUGGCUCUGUGGAGAUGACCUCUUUGGAGGCCCUGCUGGGGUCAUCAAUAUCUCUCCAGGACAACACCUUGGAGGUGGAUGCCGGCAGCGAGUCAGGUAUGGGGUCGCGGCCUGGUGGAGAUGGGGAUGACAGCUCUACUUACAGCAGCGUGUCCACCUCCACCGGGGGCACUGGGACCUAUGGCAUGCUGGCUGAAGCAGUGGGCAGGCAGAGAGGGAACUACAUGGUGGAGGGCAGGGAGAUUGUUCCGGAGGCCAUGGGCAACUUCCCAUCACUGCAGGAGGUCCUGCAGGCUGCCAGCGAUGAACAGCACCUGCUGGAGCAGGACAGGGAGGGGACCGGGGGACCACGCAGCCGCAGGGACAGCUUCUCCAGCAGUGUGUCAUUGGAGAGCUCCGUGAUGGGACAUGACGAAAUGCUCCAGGUUCUGAAGGAGAAGAUGAGACUGGAGGGCCAGCUAGAGUCUCUGUCUUCUGAGGCCAACCAGGCUCUGAAAGAGAAGACUGAGCUCCAGGCCAAGCUGGCUACAGUCAACGCCCAGCUGCAGGCCCAGGUGGAGCAGUCCCAUGCCAGCCAAGAGAAGCAGAGCUCCCUCAACAAGGAAGUGUCCACCCUGCGCCAGAGCUGCUUCCAGCUGGAGAGGGCCAUGGUGGAGCUGCAGGGCAACCUGGAGAGCAAGAACGCUGGCCUGGCCUCGCUGGGCAACGACCUGCAGGUGGCUGAGGAGCAAUACCAGAGACUCAUGGGGAAGGUAGAGGAGAUGCAACAGAAUGUGACCUCCAGGGAUAACGCUGUUCAGGAGUUGCGUCAGCAGAUGGGUGGUCUCCAGACUCAGCUCCAGCAGGUCCAGCUAGAGCGCACCACCCUGCAGAGCAGGUUGAAGACCUCCCAGGGAGAGAUCAUCUCGCUGCAGCAGGUCCGCCAGUGGUACCAGCAGCAGCUAGCGCUGGCCCAGGAGGCUCGGGUCCGACUCCAGGGCGAAAUGGUCAACAUGCAGGCUGGGCAGAUGACCCAGAUUGGUGCCUUGGAGCACCUGAAGCUGGAGAACGUGACUCUGUCCCACCAGCUGACACAAACCCAGCAUCGCUCAAUCAAAGAGAAGGAGCGCAUUGCUGUACAGCUGCAGAGUAUUGAGGCUGACAUGAUGACCCAGGAAGCUGCCUAUCAGCAGAUACAGGAUGCCAAGAGCAUGGUGGAGGAUGAUCUUCGGCACAAACUGGACGAGUUUGAGGAGGAGCGAGAGCACUUACAGAAACUGGCCAACGCCGCCAGCUCUCUGGAGAGAGAACUAGAGCAGAUGAAGGUGACCCUAUCCCAGAAGGACCUGCAGCUGGAGGCCCUCCAGAAGGAGCAUCUGGAGCUGAUGAGACAGCUGACAGCCACUCAGGAGAGCCUUCACACCAAAGAGCAGUCCAUCAACCAGCUGGAGGCCCGCUACCUGGAGCUGGAGGCUACGCUGGCAGAGCUGCAGACAGAGACCAACGCCAAGGAUGAGAACAUCCAGUAUCUGCAGAAUGAGAAAAUCGUGCUGGAGGUGGCCCUCCAGGCAGCCAGAGCUGAUAAAAGUCAGCUGGACGAGGGGGCGGAGAGGCUGGGGGAGGAGGUGCUGGUGGCCUCAGAUGUCCUUGAUCAGCUCAGGCAGGAGGUCCAAGUCAAAUCCUCACAGAUUGGAUCUCUGCAGCAGGAUAACAGCACCCUGAAGAAACACGCUCAGAAAUUGAAAGAGCAGUUCAUGCAGCAAAAGGUGAUGGUGGAGGCAUAUCGGCGGGAUGCCAGCUCCAAGGAGCAGCUCAUCAGCGAGCUGAAGUCAACUAAGAAGCGUCUGGUGUCGGAGGUGAAGGGACUGAAGCAGGAGCUGCUGGAGGCCCAUGGGGAGAAACAGAAAGCUGAGCUGGAGCAGAGCCGGCUGCAGGCGGAAGUGGUCCGGGUCCAGCAGCAGAUGAACAGCCUGGAGAACCACCUGCAGUUUGUGCAGACCGAGAGGGAUCAGCUGGAGUCUCAGAUACAGUCCCUGCAGUUUGACCAGAGCCAGCAAGCAGCAGUGACGGAGGAGAAUGAGGGCCUGAAGAAACAGGUGGACCUGAUGCAGUCUGAAGCCAGGAAGGCCAUCUCAGAGCAGAAGGUGAGAAUGAAGCGGCUGGGGACAGAUUUGACCAGCGCGCAGAAGGAUAUGAAGGCCAAGCACAAGGCCUAUGAGAACGCAGUGGGCAUCCUGAGUCGCAGGCUCCAAGAAGCCCUGGCCGACAAGGAGACUACCGAGGCAGAGCUGGUCAAACUCAAGGCCCAGGUCUCAGAUGGCGGCAACAACCAGGCCCUGCAGGAUAAGAUUGAGGCUCUGCAGAGUGAACACCAGGCUGUGAGCCACAGCAAAGCCAUGCUGGAGAAGGAGCUUCAGGAGGUCAUCUCCCUCACCAGCACUGAGCUGGAAGAGUUACAGGAGAAAGUAAUGGAGCUAGAAGAUGAGCUGCAGGAGGCGCGAUGCUUCAAGAGGAGGAUUAGACGACUGGAAGACGCCAACAAGAAGUUAUCCCUGGAGUUGGAGCAUGAGAAAGGGAAGUUGACGGGACUGGGGCAGUCCCAUAAUGCACUGCGGGAGCAUACCAAUAUUCUAGAGACUGCCCUGGCCAAGAGAGAGGCCGACCUGGUCCAGCUCAACCUCCAGGUGCAAGCUGUACUAAAACGCAAAGAGGAGGAAGACCAGCAGAUGAAACAGCUGGUCCAGACACUACAGGUCGCCUUGGAGAAGGAAAAAGCCAAAGUCAAGGACCUGAAAGAGCAGGUGGCAGCAGCUAAGGCAGAGGCUGCCCACAACAGGCGACAUUACAGGGCAGCCAUGCUGGAGCUGUGUGAGAUCAAGAAGGACCUGCAGGCCAAAGAAGAGCUGGUCAAAGCCCUGCACAGCGAGGCACACAAACUACAGGCUCAGGAUGAGAAACACUCUCAGGAGGUGUCCAGGUUCCAGGAGGAGCUAUCAGAGGCCCACUCCCAGCUCCAGAUCCUCCAGAAACAGCUGGAUGAACAGCUUAGCAAGCAGCCCCUCACCAACCAGGAGGUUGAGGAUUUGAAGUGGGAGGUGGAGCAGAGGCAGAGAGAGAUCGAGGCCCAGAGACAGCAGCUGGAACUGGUGGAGCAGUGCAGCCAGAGGGAGCUGGACAGCCUGCAGACAGCUCUACAGGGCAUUAAGGUGGAGCUGGAGUCUGUGCAGGAGGAACUGAGCAGCACCAGAAAGGAUAAGUUCAUGCUGCAGGCCAAGGUGGGGGAGCUGAGGAACAGCAUGAAGACUGUUCUGCUGCAAAACCAGCAGCUCAAACUGGACCUCAAACAGAACCGCCUCCGAAAGCAGAGGAUGGAGCCAUCGAACCCAUCAAAUCCAGUGACCCCGGUGAAGAUCCCAGACUGCCCUGUACCUGCCUCCCUGCUGGAUGAGUUGCUCAAGCCCUCUGCCUCCGUCAACAAGGAGCCCCUCAAUAACCUGCACAACUGUCUGCGCCAGCUCAAGCAUGAGAUGGACAACCUUCAGAAACAAAUGGAGGAGCACACAGUCACCGUGCACGAGUCCAUGACGUCAUGGACUAACGCAGAGGAGGAAUUGACUCGACUGGGGGUGCCGCUGGAGAAUGACUCCAUAACAUCUCCCCCUCUAAACCAGGUGGACCGUAACGGAGGAGCGGAGGAGGAGGCACAGCCAUCGUAAUGCAGCACUUUCUCAGGCAGACGCACAGAGUGGAGUUUUAUCCACAAGGGCACUUUUCUUUUCCAUUUCUUAUCAAUUGCUGCCAACAUUUGGCAUUAUUAUCAGCACAGACAGUGGUUGGAUAAAGUAAUGUAUACUUAUACCAUAGCUUUAAUUUUUAUUUGGACUUUGUCUAUUUUUGUUAUGGCUGUCAUUUUGUCAUAUUUAUUUAUUUACAAUUCAGGAAUGACAAUAUUGAAUCUUAAAUGAGUGACAACUACAUUGUUAGGGGAUUCCACUGUCUUUUGUUUUGAAGUUAUAGACACCAAGUAAGGCCUAUUCUCAAGUAUCUUUCAAACAAUACAAAUUCACUAUUAUCCCGGUUUAAUUAUGGUAGCUAGAAGUUUGUUUACGCAUACCGGUACUUUUGAUAUACUUUCUCAUGCUCCGGUAAGAAGAGUGAGACUGUUUUAAAGCCUGCAGAAAUGAAUAAGCAUACUGUUAGAAGCAUACCCUCUUACUGUUCUUCCAUUCCUCUGUGCCUGCCAAUGAGGAGCCACUCAUUCCAUAAACUUACGUUGAAAUCCAAAUCGACCCGUAGUCUCUCAACUUAUCCAAUCAGAUUUACAGGAUUGUCUAAGUGUUAACAAUAUGGCAAAAUGUUUACUAGGCCUAUAGGAAGGCACGGUGAAGCAAUAACCAUAUUCCACCUAUUUCCCCCUCUGAUCUACAGAAGUUUAUCAGGUUGUAGGCUAGGGGUUGGUUUGGGAUUUAGGGAAUCAUCUGGUCAAAUGCCCCUAUGGCUUUCAAACUGUUUGAGGUGAAUCAAUACCAUUCUCCUUUUCAGUAUGCCUCACAUUUGUUAAUUUCAUUAACAUCAAUCUAUUUGGUUUUUAAUUGCUUGUUCUUUUUUAAAGCUUACUAUCAACAUAUCAUUGUGGGCUCUGCAACUUUGUGGAAACUUAAUUCUUCUCAACUAUGUAUGAAAUUGGGAGUUUAACUGGCUGGAUUGGACUGUAGUAAUGUGUAUGGCAAAGCCUUAAUGAGGAGUAUUUUGUAUGCUGUUAAAGGACUAAAUGUUAUGAAUGAACAUAUUAUUAUUGAAAGUGGGUGUGCAAGAUGUAAUAUAGGUUAUGGUGUAUGAUUAUGCUGCUUGCAGUUCCAAACUGAAUGGUUAAAUAUUUGGGUAGUCUCAACCGAUGUUGCACAAUUGAGAGAGAACUUACUGUAACUGACUGAGGGAGGGGAAGGUGUAAGAACUAUUACACACUGUUACUACUUCUAUGAGUGAGAUGCACUCAAAUGUAUUACUUUUUGUUGUUACUGUGGUUUCAUAUUUACAGAAUGCCCACCCCUUAAUUACUUGUUUAAUUCCUUUUGAGGUUGAUUUGCUCUCCAGGAAAACUGUUUUAUUCUUUGCAGAGGUUAAUAUAUAAUAGACUUCCUUUUCUCUACUUGUUCCUAUAAUUGAAUUACUUUGAUCAUUAUCUAAUAGUGUGAUGAGCAAAAACAUUUGAAAAUGAUAUAUGCGACUUGCAAAGCAUAUUUAUUCAAACUGACAACUGUUAAAAGUCCAAAUGUAGACCGCAAUGGACACAAACUACAGCACAUGCAGUUGUAAUGUAACUGAUGUUUUAUAUGCCGUUAGACUCAUGUCCAAACAACCUGUAUCUUGCCAGUCAAAGUAAAUUGACUAUUUUUAACUACACUGUAAUAACAUGCUUAUUACAUAUCUGCGAAGGGAAAACGUUUAGAAGGGAAAGCUGUGUUCAGUUGACUGGUAAUAACUAAUGGCGCUCCAUACUGUGUUUUUGAAGAAGGGUUUGUAACAAUCUGUUCUAACUUAAUUGACUUGGUGAAUCCAACAUUGACUAUCUUCCAAGCUACCUUUCACUGUUAUCUAUAUAUUUUAAUACAUAACCUUGCUUGCUACAUGGAGCAGGGAUAAAAGCGUUCUGUAUAUAAACCUUGCUGUAUUUGCUGUUCAAUCUUUGCAAAGAGGGCCAUAGACCUGCUAAACUGAUUAAUUCCAAUAUAUAAAAUGUAUAUUGGGAGAUAUUGUAUUUCUCAUAAAGUUGCACUAUUCAUCAA